CAGAGUGCUGUUAGGCGCGAAUUCAAAUGGUGUGACCAGCUGUCUGGUCUGUCUUUUAAUUUCACGAUAAACAAAUUGCGAAACUUUAUGUUUCUGUUAAGCUAGGAAAACCUGAGAAAACCAGAGAGUAACUCAAAUACAUUUAUAAAUUUUGGCCAUGGAUCGUCGCCUGAGGCGCCCGCGCAACAAGGUCGCUGCGCCGCCCCUGCCCCCGCCAGAGCUGGAACCCCACACCCGGCGCUCCAGUUCCCCCGGACCGCCGGUGGACCCACUCGCCAUACCGGAACCGGGAUCCGUUUCCUCGCUGUCCAGCCUAGAGGUCUCCGAGUCAACCUUUCGUUGCAGCGUCGCAAACGUGGACCAAAACAAAGAGAAAAUACGGCAUAUUUUACAGUACUACUACGAUAGAGGCGAAAAUGCAUCCAGAGCCGCCAACAAAAUCUGUGCAGUUUAUGGACCCGAUACAGUGUCCAUUUCCACCGCACAACGAUGGUUUCAAAUCUUUCGUUCUGGUGUUGAGGUGGUCGAAGAUGCGCCACGUUCCGGAAGGCCUGUCGUCGAAAAUUGCGAUAAAAUCGCUGAGUUGGUCGAAAGACACCGGCAGAGUAGCAGCCGUAGCAUCGCUCGAGAGUUGGGCAUGAGUCAUCAAACCGUUAUAAACCAUUUGAAGAAGCUUGGAGCCACUAAGAAGCUAAGCAAGAAAACCUUUAAUCUUUGCCUAACAAGAUAGUUUAUACCUUAAAUGGAUCGAUAUUACAAGUAUUAAUAGACAGCUAUUCAGAGUCCUAUACAAAGAAAAUCAGUUCGUAUCCAUAGAAUCAAAUAUAAAACUAGGAGCAUCUUAGUUAGUUGAUAGUUUAUAGAUGUGCAUGUAAAUUAUUCACUUUUUUAUUGCUUAAAAAACCACAUCAUGUAUUUUUGAUUAUAGCUAAGCUGGUAGAGGCACCAUAAAAAUCGUUAAGUUUAAAUUGUAUGUAACGGUUGCGAAUUAGUUUAUUUUAUGUUGCGGAUUCAUUUAAAUUAAUAAAUUUAUAAUGUUUUAAAA